CACUUGACAAUCAGAUCAGCGGUCAUGGUGAUGUUCAACCGGCGAUAUAUUUUUAUUUAAACUCAUACUUAAAUCUCUGAUUGCAUUUGUUUAUACAUAUUUACAGGUAUAAUGCAAUGGGUUCAAUAAUCAAGUGAUAUUUCAUUUUAAAACUGAACUUGGUGUUGCACAACAGUCGUUAUCUUUGCACGGGCUUCUAGGAUCGUGGCUGAAACCCGAGAUGUCGGGCCACGGCUCUGAUGAUGAAGAGAAGCCUUGUCGGGCAUGUUCCGAUUUCAAAUCGUGGGCCAAGUCGCAGAAGCCCCUGAAACCUGGUGCUAUGAAAAAGGAUUCUCCUCCCAAGCCACCCCGGAAGGACUGCCCGUUAGACAAGGAAGAGCUUGGGCAGGCGACAUGGGGCUUCCUACACUCCAUGGCCUCCUACUACCCGGAGAAACCCACAAAGGCUCAGGCCAAAUCUAUGACACAGUUCUUCAAUAUCUUCUCCCAAUUUUAUCCUUGUGAGCCAUGUGCAUUAGAUUUUAGAGAAGAUUUAAAAGAAAACCCUCCACAGACAGGCUCAAGAAACGCACUAGCACAAUGGCUGUGUGAGCGCCACAACACAGUGAAUGAGAAACUUGGUAAACCAGCAUUUGACUGCAGCAAAGUGCAUGAGAGGUGGAAAGAUGGCUGGCUUGAUGGCUCCUGUGACUGACGGUUAAAACCCAUAUCUAGAAAUAGUUUUAUUUUGAAGUGAAACAAUGCCUCAAGAGGCCAUAUACUAUAUGUCAUAUGAUUGCUGCAAUAUGUUGUUAGCUUCAGUGAAAACCAUAUCAUAAAUACUGAGUCACAAACCCUCUGACAUGAACUUGCAUAAGCAAAUAAUUGUUUUGGUCAUAAUUUUAUUCAUUAGAAGAAUUGUUUUAGAUUUCCGUUUUUUUUAAGUUUUGUGAACUGUUUUCAUUGUUAUGCCGCAAUAAUAAGAUUUGAUAAUAAUUGUAAAGGAAAAGCUUUUAUCAUCUGUGUGAAUUUAUUCACUUUGACGUACUUUGCUGUUUGUUUUAAAUGACAUAAGUAAAAGUACGAAAAAAAAGUAUUUUAAACCAAACUAUUUUACCUGCUUUAGUUAAUUUUACGUAGUAAGAUUUAAAAUUAUAUUGUGCCUGAUAAGUCCCAAGUGUUAUUUAUUUAUUAUUUAGUUUUUUUGGUGACAUAUAAACAUGUUUAAACUUGGCAGUGGUUUUGUAUUUCUUUUUAACCAUGUUACUGUUUAGGCUUGGGAAAUUUUGAGACCUUACUUGCAACGCUUUAAGAGUGUGAACCUAUAGUACUUGUGUUAUUCUAUCUUCUGUGUUUCAUAUAGUCAAAGGUUAUAAAAUGAUUCUUUACUAUCCUUAACCCUUUGAAUGCCAAGAAUACCUAAAGUCGUCGUUAUUUGUGCCCACGCUCUUAAGGACAAUACAAUUAUAGGGGUUAUGGCGGACUAUGUCCAAGUAACCUUCACACUUGCUAAGGUUUACAUUAGCUUGCGCCCGGAGCUUGGCGUUUGAGUGAUGUUUGUGUUUAUGUUAUGACAUAAAGCGUUCAAAAGGUACAAAUUAAUCCUUUUGAUGACUGUAUAUGAACUGAACAUUCAUUAAUUUCAUUAUGAUAGUGUGAAAAAAUCAUGGCCCGUAAAAGUCUCACUAGGUGGCGUUGUCAUUGCCAUAUAUUUUUUGUACUAUGCUGUGAUAGCCAAUGUAAUCCAGUGAAUAUGCUAUAUCAAUAUUCAAUAGCCACUCUACUAUUCUUUGUUCACAGUGUCAGGGAAAGCUAUUUGGGUAAUUUGUUUAUACAUUUGUACUAUAUUUUAAUGUGUUAUUAUAUUAAAUGUUUAUACUCUUCUGAGUAA